CUUCAGCCACUCUUUCCCCCUUCUCCCCGUUACAGACAGCUUAUCAACAUGGUUGAGUUCUACGACCUCAAGGCGGAGAAGCCCAAGGGCGAUGCCCUCACCUUUGACCAGCUCAAGGGCAAGGUCGUCCUCAUUGUCAACACUGCUUCCAAGUGCGGCUUCACUCCUCAGUUCGAGGAGCUUGAGCAGCUCAACAAGAAGUACCGCGACCAGGGCCUCGUCAUCCUCGGCUUCCCCUGCAACCAGUUUGCAAGCCAGGACCCCGAAAACGACGAAGGCAUCGGCGCCUUUUGCCAGCGCAACUACGGCGUCUCCUUUGAAAUGAUGGCAAAGUCGGACGUCAACGGCGACAAGGCAAACGAGGUCUUCAAGUUCCUCAAGGCGCAAAAGUCGGGCCUCCUCGGCACUUCGGGCAUCAAGUGGAACUUUACCAAGUUUCUCGUCGACAAGCAGGGAAAGGUCGUCGAGCGGUACUCGCCCACGACGAAGCCAGCCUCGAUUGCGCCCAAGAUCGAGUCGCUCCUGGCCGCUUAAAGUGAUGGAUAUCCCCAC